AUGGACAGUCCGCCUGUCACGGCGCUGGACGCCGCGGGUGCUAAACCGAAGGCCGUGUCUCUUCAACCGAAGGGCGGCGUAGACAUGGUUUCCGCCGGUGGCAGGCUUGAAAUUCAGGGCUCCAAACCCAUCUCCGGUAAUAGUCCUGGUAAGGUGGACAUCAUCCAGUCGACCACCGUCCAUGGCUCCCCGUUUUGUUGCCUCAAGCCUCUCUCUGGCGACCUCGCCUCAGCCUUUCUCAAGCCCCUCGAAAGCCACCAACACUGUGACUAA